GACUUCCGGCAGAAGUUUCUGGUGACAUUACUCCUGCUUCGCCUACGCUCGGGCCAAGGGGUGGUGUGGGGUGCCUGCUGCCGGGCGCGACCGUCUGUGGCUGCUGCCACGAGGGCAGGAAAACACUUCCGUUCGCCCUUGUGUGCGAUAGCGCCGAGUUUAACCUCGCUUCUUGUCCCACUUGUUUCGUAAUGACUUCUAGAACGUUCUGGGCAAGGAACCGGUUCAUGUUUUUGCCCAGAGUUCCCCGUCUCCUCCACGCUGCCGAGUAACCAUGGAGGGAAGGGAGUGUGGGGCGGCAACCAGUGGCUCUGCCCCUCGAAAGGCUGAAGUCAGAGAGAGUAGCAGCAACAGCAGGGAAACUUGUGACUUGAAGCAGGAAAAUGUUCUUGGAGGUAAUGAGGUGAAAAGUACAGCAGUGGUGAAAUACUCUGCUGCGCCACCUCCUGCAGCGUAUGCACGACUUCAAGAGAAAACGGACCUUAAAUUGCCUCCUGCAAAUUGGCUGCGUGGGAUUAGCCAGCUUGGACAAAUGGAUGCAACUUCUCUUGGAACAAGCAAAAAGAGCAAGCCAUUUUCCAGCUUUGGAAUGGCAUACGACUUCAUUGACUGCAUUGGGAAUGAUGUUGAUGUUGUUUCUGAUUCUGAGAACAUAAAAAAGUUACUGAAGAUACCAUACAGCAAAUCACAUGUCAGCAUGGGUGUUCAUCGCGUUGGAAGGACCCUCCUGCUUGAUGAAUUAGAUAUUCAGGAAUUGUUUAUGACCUCAUCCCAGACAGGAGACUGGAAUUGGCUAAAAGAAUUAUACCAAAGACUUGUGGAUCCAAAAUGGCAAAGAAAAAAGAAAAGCAGGGAGCAGUUCUAUCAGAAAGCAAUUCUUUCCAAAUUUCUAUACUAUAGUGUCAAUGGAGAUUGUGGAGCAGAACCAGUUCCAACUCCUAUAGCACAACCUGCUGACACUCAGCCCCAGGUAAACCCAAUAGCUGUAGAGGAUUCCUCCUGGCCUGCACCCCUGAGAACAUCUGCUUCUGUCCCUGAAGAUGGAAAUCCUCAGGAACAGGGGAAUGUUCCUCUGGAAGCCACAUAUGUAUUAGAGCAGGUGGCCUCUACCCCGAAAGAACAAAACCUGACUACUUUUUUGAAUGAAGGGGAAAACAGUCAGGGGCUUAAAAAUGAUUUUGUCAGGAAUAUUCUUUGGACGUUUGAAGAUAUUCAUAUGCUUGUGGGUUCAAAUAUGCCUAUUUUUGGUGGCGGAAAAUAUCCAGCUGUAAGCUUAAGACUCAGGGAUAGCAACAAACCAAUUAACAUUCUGACAGGGAUUGACUAUUGGCUUGACAAUUUAAUGUGCAAUGUUCCAGAACUUGUCAUGUGCUUUCACGUUAAUGGGAUUGUACAGAGAUAUGAAAUGAUAAAGACAGAAGAUAUCCCUAAUUUAGACAAUUCCAGUUUCUCCACUAAAGUGGUAAAAGAUAUUGCUCAGAAUAUUCUUUCAUUUCUAAAGGCAAACUGUACUAAAGAAGGACAUACGUAUUGGCUCUUUAAAGCAAGUGGAAGUGACAUUGUAAAACUUUACGAUCUGACGACACUUUGUGAAGAAACAACUGAAGACAAAUACCAAAAUCCUUUCACCAUGCCUGUUGCUGUCUUACUGUACAAGGUUGCAAGUAACAUGAUGAAGAAGAAAGUUCAGAACAGGAAACAUUAUGGGAUUAUAAGGACCCUCUUGUUAAAUUGUAUUAAACUGCUGGAUAAAGAAAGGCAUCCUCAGUUUGUGCAAAUUAUUGCUUCAGCCAACUACAUGAUCUCAGAGCUUUUCCAACUAGAUGAACCGCCAAAACGAGAUGAAAAUGGAUCAAGUCUGAAUGAGAAUUCUGAUAGUUAUAGUGAAGAUGAGGAUCUUCCAGAGGACAGUGAUGAAAAUGGUUCUUUCAGCAAUGGCUCCGAACCUUCAAAUGACAGCAAAGCUGUUGCUAUCAUUAAAUCUGUUGGUGAAUUGUCUGUACCUGAGAAGUACAAAUCAAUACACCAGAUAAGGCCCAUCUGUGCGUUUCCAGUUUGUCAUGAUACAGAGGAGCGAUGCAGAGUUGUUCUCAAUUACGUUCUUGAGGGGUUGAAGGCUGUAGAUGGGAGUGUUAAAAAGGAGACUGAUCUUCCAGCUGUUGAUCCCAGUAUUCCAAUACCUUUGAAGUAUGCAGAUGAAUCUGAAUGCACAGGUCACAAAGCUCUUAAGAAACAAAUUGCUUUGUUUUUGGACAAAGUUGGUCCAGCUCAUAAAACACAUGAGCUUCCCAGCCAAUCUGGGAUGAUACCAGAUACAUGGCAAUAUCAAAUGAAAUUGAAUCUAAUCUUUAAAGCUUCAAGAGCUUACUUUGUUCUCUCUGAUGCAGCUACUACUUUGCAAAAGUAUGGUAGAGCUUUAAGAUAUAUUAAACUUGCUCUACAAUCUCUUGAUGCCUAUUGCUGCCUUAUUAACAAUUUGUCACCUGAAGUCCUGUUCUUUCUUAGUCAAUGUUUGACACUAAAUGGUGACAUUCAGUUAAUGUUAGCUCAAAAUGCCAGUAAUAGAGCAGCUUAUCAAGAGGAAUAUAGCUACCAAACUAGAGAGGAUCAAGAAAUUUUGCAUAGCCUCCACCGAGAAUCCAGCUGCCAAGCUUUCAGCUGGGCUACAGAGCUUUAUAUGGACUUGGAAUACCAACUUUCAGUUAGCUGCAGAUGUUACGAGGCAGCAAAUGAACUGCUUCAUUCCUGUGAUCAGAAUGUUCAUGUUAUUGAGCAACUUACGCAAGUGUUGAAGAGAUUGGGCAACAGCAGAAAUGAGGUUGGAGUUUUUUACAUGAAUCAGGCUGCAACUGUGCAAACUGAAGGAACAGCAAACAAAGGAAUAACAAUGAUAGAACAAGAGCUAUGGAAGAAAAGCUUUUCUUAUUUUGAAAAGGGUAUUCAAGACUUUGAGACUAUAGAAGAUGAAACUAAUGCUGCCUUAUUGCUUUGCAACACUGGGAGAUUGAUGAGACUUUGUGCUCAGGCACAUGCUCCAACUGGAAGUGAUUCGAAAAGAGGAGAAUAUUCACCUGAGGAAGCCAUGUAUUAUAACAAGUUGAAUUCAGCUGAAGGCAUGUCUGAGCAAGUUGUACAAUCUUCAUUUCUGAGGAUACUUUCAGUAAUGAAUUCUCAGUCAGGCUACGAUGCAUAUGUGUAA